ACUCUUCCUGAAAGCAAUCAAUUCCAUCUCUGUUCUAUCUUAGAGUGGAAAAUAGGAACGAAUGCGUUUGUGAAAUUACGCUGCUAACGCUCUGCAUAGUUACGUGCUGUAGUAUUGUUUCAUGGCGGGGAACUUCUGGCAGAGCUCACACUAUUUACAAUGGAUUUUGGAUAAACAAGAUUUAUUAAAGGAGAGACAAAAGGACUUGAAAUUUUUGGCAGAAGAAGAAUAUUGGAAAUUACAGAUAUUUUUUACAAAUGUUAUCCAAGCUUUAGGAGAGCACCUUAAAUUAAGACAACAAGUUAUUGCUACUGCCACUGUAUAUUUUAAACGGUUUUAUGCCAGGUAUUCUUUAAAAAGUAUAGAUCCUGUUUUAAUGGCACCAACAUGUGUGUUUUUGGCAUCCAAAGUAGAGGAAUUUGGUGUUGUUUCAAACACAAGGUUAAUCUCUGCUGCCACAUCUGUAUUAAAAACUAGGUUCUCUUAUGCAUUUCCAAAAGAAUUCCCUUAUAGAAUGAAUCAUAUAUUGGAAUGUGAGUUCUAUCUGCUAGAAUUAAUGGACUGUUGUUUGAUUGUGUAUCAUCCAUACAGACCAUUGCUGCAGUAUGUACAGGACAUGGGACAGGAAGACAUGCUGCUUCCCCUGGCAUGGAGGAUAGUAAAUGACACAUAUCGUACAGAUUUAUGUCUUCUAUAUCCGCCUUUCAUGAUUGCCCUUGCUUGCCUGCACGUAGCAUGUGUUGUUCAGCAGAAGGAUGCACGGCAGUGGUUUGCUGAACUCUCAGUAGAUAUGGAAAAGAUCUUGGAAAUAAUCAGAGUAAUCUUAAAACUGUACGAACAGUGGAAAAACUUUGAUGAAAGGAAGGAAAUGGCUGCUAUCCUUAGUAAAAUGCCAAAACCUAAGCCCCCACCAAACAGUGAAGGAGAACAGGGACCAAAUGGGAGCCAGAAUUCUAGCUACAGUCAAUCGUGAUGCAUUCCAAGGUUCUAGUAUUGGACCAAGCGGAUCAAGAUUUAAAACAUUUACAGGAGUAGUAUUCUUCAUGUUGGCCAGAAUAUCUGAUGUAGUGAUUCUUCUCCAAAAAUGAAACUUCUAACCUCUUAGCAGAGGAUUAAUUUUGCUUGAGCAGUCAUGAAGAAGCUGCGUUCCUGUGGUUAAAGUAUGGCACUAUCUUCUUUUUUUUUUUUUUUCUUGUAUAGAAUGUUUAAAUAAACAUCAAGUGAAUCAAUGUAUUACAAUUAAAGAACAAUGCAAUAUG